AAAUUUUAGAAAGUUGGUUAGUCAUGAAGUAUUUCACAGAACUAAUAUUGCCGGAUGUACCAAACAGAUUAAUUCGAUGUGGCAGACCAUUGUUGCUACCUUCGAAACUAGUCGGAUGCUGCUUCCAUGCAAUAACCAUUGCACGUGCUGCAUCCUCUUUUAAGCAUAGUGACUUGGAAAUCAUAAAAUCAAAACGAGAGCAAAUGCGUAAGAAGCCAGAACCGGGAAGCGAGCUGUUAUUUGGCCACCAAUUUUCAGAUCACAUGCUUGAGAUAGAAUGGUCAGCAAAGAAAGGUUGGUCUCGACCUCUAAUAUGUCCGCUUCAUGACUUAAUAGUGCAUCCCGCUGCAAAGGUUUUUCACUAUGCGGUUGAAUUGUUCGAAGGUAUGAAAGCAUAUAGAUGCGAAGAUGAUAAAAUUAUUUUGUUCCGUCCGGAAAAAAACAUGGAGCGUAUGUAUCAUUCUGCAAUUCGAGCUGCUUUGCCGACAUUCAAUAAAAAUGAAUUGACAAAACUUAUUUGUGAAUUAGUAAACAUCGAUGCAAACUGGGUACCUAAAUCACCUGGCUCACUCUACAUUCGUCCAACGAUUAUCGCUACUGAGCCAACUCUUGGAAUAUCACAUGCAGAACAAGCUUUACUUUUCGUAUUAACUGGUCCAGUUGGACAGUACUACUCAACCGGAUUCAAACCUAUUUCAUUAUAUGCUGAUCCAGCCUACUGCCGAUCAUUUCCUGGUGGUGUUGGGCAGUAUAAAAUGGGAUGCAAUUAUGCGCCAACGAUAUUAGUCAGUAAAACAGCAGCUUCGAAAAAUUGCCAACAGGUACUGUGGUUGUAUGGUGAAGAACAAUGGAUUACAGAAGUAGGAGCAAUGAAUAUCUUCAUGUACUGGAAGAAUGAACAAGGAGAUAACGAAUUAGUAACAGCGCCAUUGUACGACGGGAUAAUAUUACCAGGUGUUACCAGAGAUAGUGUUUUGCAUUUGGGAAGACAGAUGCAUGAUAUCAGAGUUACUGAACGCUAUGUUCGAAUAGAAGAAAUACGACGAGCCAUCAAGGAAAGAAGAAUGUACGAAAUGUUUGGCACCGGCACAGCAUGCGUUGUUUGCCCAGUGGAUCGAAUUUUAUAUAAAAAUCCGUCUACGGAAGAUUUCGAGGAAAUGGCAAUACCAACGACAACUCACAAGCCUAACCUUAUGCAGAAACUUUACCAAACAAUAGUCGACAUACAGUAUGGGAAGAUAAAAAUGCCGGAAUGGACAACGGAAGUUACCUUAUCUUCUCAAUCAAGUACAUCUACUUCUUGA